AUGUUCAACAGUAAUCUGGACCAAUGGUAUGAACACAAUACCGGUUUUGUUCAAAAACUACAUUCACGUUACCCAACGAAAAAGGAUGAGUUGGUCAAAUACUUGACUAAAAGCCAUGAAAACCAUGUAUUAAGUGGUAGUAAUUAUAACGAAUGGAAGGAUCUUCCGAUGGAUUUGGAUUCUCAGUUAAAGCUCGAAUUUGCGUUGUAUCUAAUAAACGAGCGUCUACAGUCAUCUGGAAUUAACAGACUGAAGGCCUCGGUAUUUUUGCAAAAGAUGGGGAAUGCUGAUUCUGAUGCGCUGAAGGAAUUGGUUCAUUUGGUGGUGGAGAAUGGUACGCCAAGAGCCGCACAAAGUGCAACUGACGGGGAUGAUAAAGUGGAACAAAUUACCUCAUAUUUGAUAUCGAGUGCUAUUUCUAAGGGUAUAAACCUAGCACCAGUGGAGGACACUUCGAACAUCGCAUCAUCCGACGACGAUGAAUUAGCUUUCUGCAAGAAAACAAUUUCCAAUCUAAUAAACGCAUUCCCGGAGUCAUCUAGUAGCAAGAAAGAUGAAUCGGCUCCACAAACUGUGGAUGUGAAGUCCUCGCCAGAUACUUCAACCUUCGAGACAGAUACAAAAGACAUGCCUACUAAGGAAGAGGACUUGAAAACUGCAAUUAAAGACUUGCAACUAGCCUACAAGUUCCUGAAAUCGCAAUACGAGAAUGAUAGAACCGAGUACUUAUCUACUAUCGAGAACUUGAACAAGACCAAUAGAGAGCUAUCAGAAGAAUUACUUCACUAUCAUAGUAAACUAAAGGAGUCUAAAGAAAAACCCAAGGCGGUUGCAAAGACAAAGCCAGAGUCAUUAGAACUUCACGGUUCCUUUUCUCCGAUUUUCUCAGACUUUCAAGAUAUUAAGUCUCCAGGAUCUUCUUCCAACAACCAUCAAUCGUUUUCAAUGAUGAAGCAAGAAUUCAAAAGGGUCUUAGCAGAUACCCAGCAAAGAUAUGAGAAGGAGCUUCAACAGGAACGCGAGCUAAGAAUGCAGCUAGAACAGGAAUUAGAACAACACACAGCUGAUAGAUCGAUAUAUUAG